ACCCUCCUGCCUCACUGUACUGCAGGACUUGGUGACAGGAGGCUGAUACUGCUCUCCAAUUGCUUAUUGGAUUAUGUGAAAGAAUCUGAGAUCCAGAACCAUUUGUAACCACCAAAUUAGAUAUUGCACACUCUUAAUGGGACCUCAGCGGCGUCGCCAGGGUUAACUACUAAACACUUUCUUUGUCCUGGAGGACACUCCAAAAGGAAGUACUUAGUUUAACAGCGAAGUGAUUGAACAUGAGGGCCAUUACCAAAGCGAUAUUUUGUGCAAUCCUUUUACACUCCGGGCUUUGUUUCGACAUCCAGCAAGCAGAUAAUGACCAUACGGAAAAACCCGAAGAUGCAGCUAGAGGACGACGCGAUGUUAUAGAAGAGGAAAAAUUCCGCAACAUUCGCACAGACAACAGGCAAGACGCUAUGAAGCAACACAUCCCUUGGGUGCCCGGUCUUCUUCCCCCAGAAGAUCCUACCACCAAAAUAUCCACACACGAAAUCUCAUCAUACCAAACGACAGAAAGCGUCACAGACAAACCAACGGGCCGAGGCGCUAGAGCGUCUAACGAGAAUUGGAUAAAGCUUCCUUUUCCUAAUCGCGACGACGUCCACGACAUCCUAACCCCCCCGCAGCCGUCUGGAGAACUCAUCAAUUCCCGAAUGCCGCGAGUCAAUUUCGUGACCCAAAACAAAGCAAUCGAAGCUUCCGAGUCGAGGAACGAUAAAGAAUCGAUACAACGACCGACAAGGACCGAUGAUUUAAGAACCGAAUUCGUACGACCGGAGGAAGACGUGCAGUACAAGCCCGUGUAUCCGCGGCAGGCCGUUUAUUACCCGGAAGACAACCGGCGGCCUUACUACGAUGAUCGAUACUAUCCUGCUGACGAUUUAUACAGGCGUGAUACGUACUAUGAUUUAUACGAUCGAAAGCGGUACAAUUCCGGGCCGCGGGUGGACAGAUAUGAUGAAGCGUAUGAUAAUUAUGUUCCUCGGAAGCCGAAAAGGAUUAUUUACUACGCGCACCUUCCUGAAGUGGUCCGCACGCCGCAGAGUUCUGAUUUAAGAUACCGAUACUCCGUCGACCCAUACCGACGCUACGACGACGAAUACAGUGCAAGAACAGGACGAUACGACUAUAGAUUCAGACCUAGAUAUCCUUAUGCUCCAUUGCGAAAGGACGACAGGAAAUACGGAUACAGGGACUUAGCGAGCUCCAGUACUAGUAACAAAGACAAAAAAGUCGAAGAAAAGGUUACACCUACACCCGUGUUACCCCAAAAGGAAGAUAAGUUUAAAAUGAACACACCACCCAACAGAAGUUCCAAUAGGAACACGAUAAACAGUCACCAAUACCACGACACUGCGGAUAGCUAUAACGAUUUAACUCAUAAAGCGUUUUUGGAUCAAAAGAAUCCAAACGACAGCUACCUCAGAUUUGAUGAACCGCUAUUCCACAGCGCUAUAGAUGAUCCAUAUCAAAGAAAAUAUUAAAUUUCGUAACCAUUAGGUAUGUUGUUCGUCUCUUUUAUUAAAAUUAUUUGAGCAAAAUGAACAACUUAAAGACAAUAUAAUCGGUUCAUUAAAAUUGAUGUACUAAUUAAUACGCUUUUUGUAAUUUACUUCGGGGCCUAGGUUCUCUAUGACAUUAAAAUGUUAACACUAAAGUAUCAAAUGGCGUAGGCGUGGCUUUUGAUAUUAAAUAUGAUAGUCCUUUGAUUACGUAUAUGUAAUCAAAAUGAUAGUCAUUGGGCUUAGGAACAUAAUAUUUAUUCAUGACUAUAGUGCUCUAACGUAGUGUAUGUUCAAGACGAGACCCACAAAAGCUUUGGUGCGUCCUAUACCAAAAUGCCCCUUGAAAGUUUUCCGACAAGAUUAUCACUUGAUUUUAAUAAAAUUAAUAUUAUCUUUCUUAAUCUAUUCUGCAAAGUUUGGAUCAGUAUGGUCAUGUAUAAAUAAUAAAUUGAUUUUGUGCGUGGGCUUAAGGAUUAUGGCAUUGAUCAAUAUGGUUUUCAUAUUUUGUUUAUGUAUCCUGUUUUUGAAUUAUUUCAAAUAUGACGUUGCCAAAAUACUCCUUCAUAUUGUCAUACAGAAUCAGCGUCCUGUAAAGUUUUCAAAAGUGUCCAUUUGAUUCGCUAAUAAAUGUAAUAACGGA